AUGGAAAGCCCACGGCCACACUUUGCGCGCGCGCACGUCGACUCCACCGACAAGUUCAGCUCGGCGUUCCUCACAGGGCGGCGCACAUACGCGCAGCAAUUCGACCAGCUCUACUACAAACGACUGCAGCAUCUUAAGCCCCACAUACUUGCCCAUGCUCACCAAAAAUGGGGCAGCCAAGCGCAGCUCACAGCCAGCGUCCUCAACGUCGACAGCUCCCUCGGCACAACAUACAUCAUUGGCACAGUCUUCAUAGACUCACCGCGCAAACCCAGUACUCUGCAACAGGUCGAGUCCGAGCACCGCGUGUCCGAUCCGGUGGUCACCCAGGGAUACCGCGGCGCAGACGAGGCUGUGUUUCUCGAGGACGAGUCCGGGCGCAUCCGGCUAAUGGGCGAGCAAAUUUCAAAAACGCUUCUGAUUUCUGGUGUCGUAGCGGCGGUUCUGGGCGUUGAGACGGCCGCGGGUGACUUUGAGGUUGCUGACGUGUGCUUCGCCGGCAUGCCGCCGCAGCUGGGCCCGCUUCGGAUCAUGGAAGACCCCGGAGCCGACAGCGACGCGGAUCCACUGCUGAUGCUGGUAUCUGGGCUGGGUGCAACACUGGCGCGGCCCAUUACCCUGCAGAUGCAGCUCCUGGGCGAGCUCCUCAGCGGCACGCUCGGGGCGACUCGGACACAGCAGCUGGCUGCGCGUAUCGCACACGUGGUGGUGGCCGGCAACACAAUGGAUUUGCCCACGGCACCGCUGGGCCACGCUGAGGACGCGCGCACUAAUGAUCGCUCGGGCGCGGCGCGGCUGGCGGCGCAGGUCGAUGACUUUUUGGCGGACAUUGCCGGCUGCGUGCCGCUGACAGUGAUGCCGGGCGCUAGGGAUCCGGCGGACGCGUCGCUGCCGCAGCAGCCGAUGCCCCGCGGGAUGUUCGCCCAGUGCGCGCGCACUUCGGCGUUCCGCUCGCUGUCUAACCCAGCAUCAAUGCAGAUCGGCGGCCUGCAGAUGCUGGGAUCCAGCGGCCAGAACGUUGAUGAUCUGAUGCGGUAUGCAGCUGGGGAUGGGGCGGUGACGCCGUGUGCGCUAGCUGCGCUUUCGCUGACUUGGCGCCAUAUUGCGCCGUCGGCGCCGGAUACCCUGUGGUGCUUCCCGUUCAUCACACACGACCCUUUUGUGCUGGACACAGCGCCACACGUGUACUUUGUCGCCAACCAGGGCGCCUUUGAAUCCACGUGGGCCUUGGGCACCGAAGGCCAGCGCACCCUGGUGAUGGCUAUCCCUUCGUUUGCGCAGACCGGCCAAGUGGUCCUGCUGAACAUGCGCACACUCAGCUGCUCGGUUCUCCACAUUGAAUUAUAG